CAUCCAUACUACAGUUCUACAUACUACUAUUGGAGUAUAGUACCAAAAAGAGGGAAAUACUAAACCUAACGUUGCAAAUUGCGAUUCGAAUUUGCCCACCAUUUUGAUUAUUCUCCGAUGAUUUGAUCACAUCCCUCCGGAUUGUCCACCAUUUUUGUUUGUUUCUCCUCAAAUUCCCCACCAAACUCUUCCAGGGUUAAAGGAUUUGUCCUUAAAAACUCCCAACUCCCCUGAUAAAAAAACGCGCACACACACACACACAGAGUAAAAGAUUGAUAAACAUUCAAGAAUAUGUCCAACCUGGUGAAAUUAACUUCAUCGUCGAUACAGAUUCUGCAUACACGUGAACCUAGAAGAUUGGAGUUUAGAAUUGUUUCUUUGCUUCCGAAUGCAGUGACUCAAUCGAACAAAACUGGGAGAAUCCGUCUAAUUGAAGGUGGGAAUGUUCAUCAAGGCAGGAAAUUUUUGGCCUACAACGGUGAAAUUGGUGGGUCUGUUCAGUCCCUGGACAACGCCCCGGUUUCAAUUGAGCUGGGGUCCAUUGUGAGCGAAACCCAGUUCGAUCGGGUCAUGGCUGAAGCUCAACAGCUCGAAGAACCCAUCAUAAUUGUAUGGAUGGCAAGCUGGUGCAGGAAAUGCAUAUAUUUGAAACCUAAACUGGAAAAAUUAGCUGCUGAGUACUUUCCAAGAAUACGCUUCUUUCAUAUUGAUGUCAAUAAUGUUUCACACAAGCUUGUUGUUCGAGCAGGAGUAACUGUAAGUUCCUCUCUAACAGUUGAAGUCCUUUAAACAAAUUUAAUUUCUUGGAUCAAAGUUCAUGAAAAUCUAACUGUGGAUGUGUUUCCCCCUUCCAUGUAUUUUGUAUGUAUCUGGCAAAAUGGCAGAAAAUGCCAACCAUACAGGUAACUCCAGCUAAAUUCUUCAGAAAUUUAGACAGUGUUUUAAAUAACAUUGUAUUUGAUCUUUAUAACAAUAGUAACAUGGUAGAACACUUUGUAACAGCUGUGGAAGGAUGGUAAGAAACAGGGAGAGGUGAUUGGAGGGCACAAAGCACAUUUAGUUGUCAAUGAGAUUCGUGAAAUGAUCGAAAGCGAAGAUUCUUUGUGAUUUGUCUGAGGUUAUUAUCCUUUUAGUUGUCAUUUUGGGCAGUUAGUAGUUAGCAUUAGCUACAGAUAUAAAAGGUUUUGCCCUUUAUACAUGCCAUUUCUACUGACACUGUGAAACUCUCGCCCGGCGUUACCAAGUGGUGAGAAUGGGAAGGACGAAAACCACCUCGCCUUUCAAUUAUUAGUUCAUCAAACCACACAAUUUUAGUUUUGGAACAGUGAAGAGCCAAUCCUGUGGGAUGCGCCUACUUUUGAGCAGUACAUAUAUUUUACCAUCUUCAGAACUGAUUUCUUUCCAAGUAUAUAUGUCCCCCUUUUUUUAUUUUUCUUUUUUGUUUGUACUUGCAAUUCAAGAAGAAACAUCUUAUGGAGAGUUAUCUGAUAUCUCCAAUGCUUGUGGCCUUCUGCAUCAUGCUACAUUGUUCACAAUAUCACAAGGGUCUAUUCUGAAGUUCAAUUA